AUGGGAAAUAAGCAAACUAUAUUCACCGACGAGCAACUUGAUGCUUACCAGGAUUGCACAUUCUUCACUCGCAAAGAAAUUUUGCGAUUGCACGGCAGGUACCAUGAGCUGGCUCCACAUCUCGUACCGAUGGACUACACAAACGAACCUGACUGUAAACUACCUUUAGCGUUGAUAGUCGACAUGCCGGAAUUAAAGGAAAAUCCGUUCCGCACCAGGAUUGUUGAGUCGUUCUCAGAGGACGGGAUGGGGAACCUGAGCUUCAAUGAAUUUGUUGACAUGUUCUCAGUCCUCAGUGAAACGGCACCAAGAGAACUUAAGGCCAUUUAUGCUUUUAAGAUAUACGAUUUUAAUGUGGAUAAUUACCUGUGCAAAGAGGACCUUGAGAAGACUCUAAAUAAGCUGACAAAGGAGGAGCUGACUCCUGAGGAGGUUGUGUUGGUGUGUGAGAAAACCAUCGAUGAAGCCGAUUUAGACGGGGAUAAUAAACUCUCUUAUUCUGACUUUGAAAACAUGAUAUCCAGAGCUCCAGAUUUUUUAAGUACCUUUCAUAUCCGUAUCUGAGAUGACUGCAUGGACA